AUGGAAGAGGUGAAGCUUUUUAGGACAUGGUCAAGCCCAUAUGCUUUGAGAAUUGUUUGGGCAUUGAAACUCAAAGGCAUAGUGUAUGAGACCAUCUAUGAAGAUCUUGCCAACAAGAGUUCUUUGUUACUCGAAUACAACCCCGUUCACAAGAAAGUCCCGGUGUUAUUGCACAACGGAACACCCAUAUGCGAGUCACUUGUGAUUCUCGAGUACAUUGAUGAGACAUGGAACACAACUGCUCGUUUCUUACCCGAGGAUCCGCUUGCGAGAGCCACUGCGCGUUUCUGGGCGAAGUUUAAUGAUGACCGGGUUACGACAUCUAUAUUUCGUGCUUAUGUGACCCAAGGCGCGGAGCAAGAAGAAGCAAUAGGUCCUGCUUUAGAGAAUCUAGACAUAGUUGAAAAACAACUAAUCGGAAAGAAUUUCUUCAGCGGAGAAUCGUUUGGUUUCUUAGACCUUGUGUUUGGAUGGAUUGCCAAAUAUCUUGGAAUCUUUGAAGAAACAGGUGGUAUAAAACUCUUAGAUGAAGAUAGGUUUCCACUUAUAUUGGCAUGGAAGGACAAGUUUUGUGAUAUCCCAGUGAUCAAAGAAAGCUGGCCGGAUCAAGAAAAGCUGAUCACCAAGUUCCAGCUUAUGCGCGAGCAUUUCAUUUCAACUGCUGCGGGUAGCAGCUAAUACGCGAAUGGUUUCAUGAAGGUUUCUAGGAAAAUUUGGAUCAAUAAUAUAUCAUUAGAUCAUACUUUCAAGUGGUGAUGAUAGAGGACUUCUAUAUGUUAUUCACUAGUUAUAAAUUUGUUUUUGGGUGAAACAACAAGACAUGUUAGUUUUGUAUGUUCAGUUAUAAAUCACAGAAAAAAUUACACUUAUAAAGUUAAUAUGAUUUGGAUUUUUAUGA